CUUUCUCCGACCCAUUUUAAGGCUCGUUUAUUAUUCCCCACUUUCUUUUACUAUUUUAUUUAUUUUUCCGGAGUAAUAAUUUUAAUUCUGCUAGAACUAGAAGGGGAAUCUGGAGGCCGGACAGGCAGAUAAAACCACUAAAACCGCCACCGGAAUCGGAAUUUUCCAGAAUGGCCGGACCAGUGAAAAGGCCGAUCCACGCCCUCAAGUCAUGGGUUCGCCGGCAACCACCGAAAGUCAAAGCCUUUCUCGCUGUCAUUUCUGGCAUGGCAGCUCUCGUCCUUCUCCGGGCUAUUGUCCAUGAUCACGACAACCUCUUUGUCGCUGCCGAGGCCGUACACUCUAUCGGAAUCUCCGUUCUUAUCUACAAGCUCAUGAAGGAGAAAACUUGCGCUGGUCUUUCACUCAAGUCCCAGGAACUGACGGCUAUGUUUCUGGCUGUGAGACUGUAUUGUAGUUUUGUCAUGGAAUAUGAUAUACACACUCUGCUCGAUUUAGCGACUUUGGCCACAACCCUGUGGGUUAUCUAUAUGAUUCGAUUUAAGCUGAGGUCAAGUUACAUGGAAGACAAAGACAACUUUGCCUUGUAUUAUGUGGUAAUUCCUUGUGCUGUUUUAGCUUUUCUGAUUCACCCAUCUACAUCGCAUAACAUCAUCAACAGAAUUGCCUGGGCCUUCUGUGUGUAUUUGGAAGCUGUGUCUGUUCUGCCUCAGCUGCGAGUUAUGCAAAAUACUAAGAUUGUUGAGCCAUUCACCGCUCAUUAUGUAUUUGCAUUGGGUAUCGCAAGGUUUUUAAGCUGCGCUCAUUGGGUCCUCCAGGUUCUGGAUAGCCGUGGCCAUCUGCUGACUGCUUUGGGUUAUGGGCUUUGGCCUUCAAUGGUGCUUAUAUCCGAGAUUGUUCAGACCUUCAUCUUAGCUGACUUCUGUUACUAUUAUGUGAAAAGUGUAUUUGGAGGGCAGCUAGUGUUGCGCCUACCUUCUGGAGUAGUAUAAACCUGGUAAUAAAGCAGGCUAUCAUUAUAGGAGAAGCUGAAAACUAGUGUUGGUUCCUUUUUCCAUUUGAGGUCUCAUCUUAGGGGCACGCUUUUAUUUUGGUCAAUGGUGGUACUUCAGUGUCAAGUUUAACGAGAGAUGUCUGUAAAGUUGGCCAUUGGAGCAAAGUUGGAUAAUUUAUGAUCAAUCUAUAUUGGGAAUUUGGGAACAGAUUUUGUGUUAUUGCCUCAAUAGUCAACUCUGAUGUCGUUUCAUCUCCCCUCUCCCUCUUGACUAAAAAUGAUCCAUAGAAAAGGGCCAAUCAUUUUUAUUCUUUUUUUUUUUUUGGUUGGUUUAUUUUUAGUUAUAAGUCGUCGAUACUCGUUGCACUGCAUAUUAAAAAACAGAUGGAUCAAGAUUUUUCCUAGUCUAAAUAAUUGAG